UUAUAGAUAAAACUGUAGAAACGGAGAAACCUCCAACAAAAAAGACUGAACCGGAAACAAUUAUGAAAUCAACAGAAGUAGUGAAAGUGGAAAAAGAAGAAGUUAAGAUAAAGAAAACUGUAGAAAGAGAAACUGCAGAAAAAAUCGCCAUAGAAGAGAAACUUCCAACAAAGCAGGUUGAAAUUGAAAUCGCUAUAAAACCAAUAAAAAUAGCGGAAACUGAAAUAGAAAGCUUAGAAAUUGUAGGAAAAGAAAUACCAGAGACAAUUGUAGAAAAAGAAAAACCUCCGACAAAGGAGGUUAAACUAGAAACCAUUAUAAAAUGGACAGAAAUAGCACAGAUUGAAAAGGCAGAAAUUGAAACGAAGAAAUUUACAGAAAAAGAAAAGAAAUUUAUUGACAAAGACGAAUUCGAACGCAUUUUAAAACUAACAGAAACAACAGAAUUCGAGAAACAAGACGUUGAGAUUAAAGAAAUUAUAGAAAAAGAGUUAAAAGAGAAGAUUUCUGAAAAAGAGGAACCUUUAAAGAAGAAAUUUGAACCUGAAACCAUUACAAAGCUAAUACAAACAACAGAAAUCGAAAAAGCAGAAGUCGAAGAAAAGGAAAUUAUACAAAAAGAAAUUCUAACGAAAAUUAAAGAAAGCGCAGAAUUUCUAACUGAAAAAGUUAGAUCCUCUAAAAAGUUAAAAAUCGUAAAAGAACCAGCAGUAUUAGCAGAGAAAGCCGAAGCGACUCAAGAAGUUAAGACAGAAAUCGGCAAAUCGGCAUUAUCUACACAAAAAGUUAAAUCUCCUGUUGAGCUGGAAUCAAUUGCGAAAGCUAAUACUCCCGAAGAGAAAGAAAAAGUUGAAAUACCUGUAGCUGAACCAGCGCUACCUACAAAAAAAGUUAAAACACCUGUUGAGCUAGAACCAAUUGAGAAAGCUAAGACUCCUGAAGAGAAAGAAAAAGUUAAAAUACCCGUAGCUGAACCAACACUACCUACAGAAAAAGUUAAAACACUUGUUGAACUGGAACCAAUUGCGAAAGCUAUGAGUCCUGAAGAGAAAGAAAAAGUUGAAAUACCUGUAGCUGAACCAAUACUACCUGCAGAAAAAAUUAAAACACCUGUCGAACUGGAACCAAUUGCGAAAGCUAAGGCUCCUGAAGAGAAAGAAAAAGUUGAAAUACCUGUAGCUGAACCAGCGCUACCUACAGAAAUAGUUAAAACUCCUGUUGAGCUUGAACCAACUACGAAAGCUCAGACUCCUGAAGAGAAAGAAAAAGUUGAAUUACCUGUUGCUGAACCAGCACUACCUACAGAAAAAGUUAAAACUCCUGUUGAGCUGGAACCAGUUGCAAAAGCUAAGACUCCUGAAGAGAAAGAAAAAGUUGAAAUACCUGUAGCUGAACCAGCGCUACCUACAGAAAAAGUUAAAACUCCUGUAGAGCUGGAACCAAUUGCGAAAGCUAAGACUCCUGAAGUGAAAGAAAAAGUUGAAAUACCUGUAGCUGAACCAGCACUACCUACAGAAAAAGUUAAAACUCCUGUUGAGCUGGAACCAACUAAGAAAGCUCAGACUCCUGAAGAGAAAGAAACAGUUGAAAUACCUGUUGCUGAACCAGCGCUACCUAUAGAAAAAGUUAAAACUCCUGUUGAGCUGGAACCAAUUCUGAAAACUAAGAUUCCUGAAGAGAAAGAAAAAGUUGAAAUACCUGUGACUGAACCAACACUACCUACAGAAAAAGUUAAAACUCCUGUUGAACGGGAACCAACUACGAAAGCUAAGAGUCCUGAAGAGAAAGAAAAAGUUGAAAUACCUGUUGCUGAACCAGCGCUACUUACAGAAAAAGUUAAAACUCCUGUUGAGCUUGAACCAACUACGAAAGCUCAGACUCCUGAAGAGAAAGAAAAAGUUGAAUUACCUGUUGCUGAAGAAGCGCUACCUACAGAAAAAGUUAAAGCUCCUGUUGAGCUAGAACCAAUUGCGAAAGCUAAAACUCCUAAAGAGAAAGAAAAAGUUGAAAAACCUGUAGCUGAACCAGCACUACCUACAGAAAAAGUUAAAACUCCUGUUGAGCUGGAACCAAUUGCGAAAGCUAAGACUCCUGAAGGUAAAGAAAAAGCUGAAAUACCUGUAGCUGAACCUACGCUACCUACAGAAAAAGUUAAAACUCCUGUUGAGCUGGAAACAAUUGCGAAAGCUAAGACUCCUGAAGAGAAAGAAAAAGUUGAAAUACCUGUAGCUGAACCAACGCUACCUACAGAAAAAGUUAAAGCUCCUGUUGAGCUGGAACCAAUUGUGAAAGCUAAGACUCCUGAAGAAAAAGAAAAAGGUGAAAUACCUGUAGCCGAACAAGCACUACCUACAGAAAAAGUUAAAACACCUGCUGAGCUGGAACCAAUUGCGAAAGCUAAGACUCCUGAAGAAAAAGAAAAAGUUGAAAUACCUGUAGCCGAACCAACACUACCUACAGAAAAAGUUAAAACACAUGUUGAGCUGGAACCAAUAGCGAAAGCUAAAACUCCUGAAGAGGAAGAAAAAGUUGAUAUACCUAUAGCAGAACCAGCACUACCUUCAGAAAAAAUUAAAACUCCUGUUGAGCUGGAACAAAUUACGAAACCUAAGACUCCUGAAGAGAAAGAAAAAGAUGAAGUACCUGUAGCUGAACCAGCACUACCUACAGAAAAAGUUAAAACACCUGUUGAGCUGGAACCAAUUGCGAAAGCUAAGACUCCUGAAGAGAAAGAAAAAGUUGAAAUACCUGUAGCUGAACCAGCACCACCUUCUGAAAAAGUUAAAACACCCGUUGAGCUUGAACCAAUUGCGAAAGCUAAGACUCCUGAAGAAAAAGAAAAAGGUGAAAUACCUGUAGCCGAACCAGCACUACCUUCAGAAAAAGUUAAAACACCCGUUGAGCUGGAACCAAUUGCGAAAGCUAAGACUCCUGAAGAAAAAGAAAAAGGUGAAAUACCUGUAGCCGAACCAGCACUACCUACAGAAAAAGUUAAAACACCUGUUGAGCUGGAACCAAUUGCGAAAGCUAAGACUCCUGAAGAGAAAGAAAAAGUUGAAAUACCUGUAGCUGAACCAGCACCACCUUCUGAAAAAGUUAAAACACCCGUUGAGCUUGAACCAAUUGCGAAAGCUAAGACUCCUGAAGAAAAAGAAAAAGGUGAAAUACCUGUAGCCGAACCAGCACUACCUUCAGAAAAAGUUAAAACACCCGUUGAGCUGGAACCAAUUGCGAAAGCUAAGACUCCUGAAGAAAAAGAAAAAGGUGAAAUACCUGUAGCCGAACCAGCACUACCUUCAGAAAAAGUUAAAACACCCGUUGAGCUGGAACCAAUUGCGAAAGCUAAGACUCCUGAAGAAAAAGAAAAAGGUGAAAUACCUGUAGCCGAACCAGCACUACCUUCAGAAAAAGUUAAAACACCCGUUGAGCUGGAACCAAUUGCGAAAGCUAAGACUCCUGAAGAAAAAGAAAAAGGUGAAAUACCUGUAGCCGAACCAGCACUACCUUCAGAAAAAGUUAAAACACCCGUUGAGCUGGAACCAAUUGCGAAAGCUAAGACUCCUGAAGAAAAAGAAAAAGGUGAAAUACCUGUAGCCGAACCAGCACUACCUUCAGAAAAAGUUAAAACACCCGUUGAGCUGGAACCAAUUGCGAAAGCUAAGACUCCUGAAGAAAAAGAAAAAGGUGAAAUACCUGUAGCCGAACCAGCACUACCUUCAGAAAAAGUUAAAACACCCGUUGAGCUGGAACCAAUUGCGAAAGCUAAGACUCCUGAAGAAAAAGAAAAAGGUGAAAUACCUGUAGCCGAACCAGCACUACCUACAGAAAAAGUUAAAACACCUGUUGAGCUGGAACCAAUUGCGAAAGCUAAGACUCCUGAAGAAAAAGAAAAAGGUGAAAUACCUGUAGCCGAACCAGCACUACCUACAGAAAAAGUUAAAACACCUGUUGAGCUGGAACCAAUUGCGAAAGCUAAGACUCCUGAAGAAAAAGAAAAAGGUGAAAUACCUGUAGCCGAACCAGCACUACCUACAGAAAAAGUUAAAACACCUGUUGAGCUGGAACCAAUUGCGAAAGCUAAGACUCCUGAAGAAAAAGAAAAAGGUGAAAUACCUGUAGCCGAACCAGCACUACCUACAGAAAAAGUUAAAACACCUGUUGAGCUGGAACCAAUUGCGAAAGCUAAGACUCCUGAAGAAAAAGAAAAAGGUGAAAUACCUGUAGCCGAACCAGCACUACCUACAGAAAAAGUUAAAACACCUGUUGAGCUGGAACCAAUUGCGAAAGCUAAGACUCCUGAAGAGAAAGAAAAAGUUGAAAUACCUGUAGCUAAACCAGCACUACCACCUGAAAAAGUUAAAACACCCGUUGAGCUGGAACCUAUUCCGAAAGUUAAGACUCCUGAAGAGAAAGAAAAAGUUGAAAUACCCGUAGCUGAACCAGCACUACCUACAGAAAAAGUUGAAACACCCGUUGAGCUGGAACCUAUUAUGAAAGUUAAGACUCCUGAAGCGAAAGAAAAAGUUGAAAUACAUGUAGCUGAACCAGCACCACCUUCUGAAAAAAGUGAAACACCUGUUGAGCUGGAACCAAUUGCGAAAGCUAAAACUCCUGAAGAGAAAGAAAAAGUUGAAAUACCUGUAGCUGAACCAGCACUACCUCCAGAAAAAGUUAAAGCUCCUGUUGAGCUGGAACCUAUUACGAAAGCUAAGACUCCAGAAGAGAAAGAAAAAGUUGAAACACCUGUAGCUGAACCAACCCUACCUAGAGAAAAAGUUAAAACACCUGUUGAGCUGCAACCAAUUGCGAAAGCUAAGACUCCAGAAGAGAAAGAAAAAGUUGAUAUACCUGUAGCUGAACCAGCACUACCUUCUGAAAAAAUUAAAACUCCUGUUGCGAUGGAACAAAUUACGAAACCUAAGACUCCCGAAGAGAAAGAAAAAGAUGAAAUACCCGUAGCUGAACCAGCACUAACUACAGAUAAAGUUAAAACACCCGUUGAGCUGGAACCUAUUACGAAAGUUAAGACUCCUGAAGAGAAAGAAAAAGUUGAAAUACCUGUAGCUGAACCAGCACCACCUUCUGAAAAAGUUAAAACACUCGUUGAGCUUGAACCAAUUGCGAAAGCUAAGACUCCUGAAGAAAAAGAAAAAGGUGAAAUACCUGUAGCCGAACCAGCACUACCUUCAGAAAAAGUUAAAACACCUGUUGAGCUGGAACCAGUUGCGAAAGCUAAGACUCCUGAAGAAAUAGAAAAAGUUGAAUUACCUGUAGCCGAACCAGCACUAACUACAGAAAAAGUUAAAACACGCGUUGAGCUUGAACCAAUCGCGAAAGCUAAGACUCCUGAAGAAAAAGAAAAUGGUGAAAUACCUGUAGCCGAACCAGCACUACCUUCAGAAAAAGUUAAAACACCUAUUGAGCUGGAAUCAAUUGCGAAAGCUAAGACUCCUGAAGAGGAAGAAAAAGUUGAUAUACCUGUAGCGGAACCAGCAAUACCUUCAGAAAAAAUUAAAACUCCUGUUGAGCUGGAACAAAUUACGAAACCUAAGACUCCUGUAGAGAAAGAAAAAGAUGAAAUACCCGUACCUGAACCAGCACUACCUACGGAUAAAUUUAAAACUCCUGUUGAGCUGGAACCUAUUACGAAAGCUAAGACUCCUGAAGAGAAAGAAAAAGUUGAAAUAUCUGUAGCCGAACCAGCACUACCUACAGAAAAAGUUAAAGCACUUGUUGAGCUGGAACCAAUUGCGAAAGCUAAGACUCCUGAAGAGGAAGAAAAAGUUGAUAUACCUGUAGCUGAAGCAGCACUACCAUCAGAUAAAGUUAAAACUCCUGUUGAGCUGAAACCUAUUACGAAAGCUAAGACUCCUGAAGCGAAAGAAAAAGUUGAAAUACCUGUAGCUGAACCAGCACCACCUUCUGAAAAAGUUAAAACACCCGUUGAGCUUGAACCAAUUGCGAAAGCUAAGACUCCUGAAGAAAAAGAAAAAGGUGAAAUACCUGUAGCUGAAGCAGCACCACCUUCUGAAAAAGUUAAAACACACGUUGAGCUUGAACCAAUUGCGAAAGCUAAGACUCCUGAAGAAAAAGAAAAAGGUGAAAUACCUGUAGCCGAACCAGCACUACCUUCAGAAAAAGUUAAAACACCUGUUGAGCUGGAACCAAUUGCGAAAGCUAAGACUCCUGAAGAAAAAGAAAAAGUUGAAAUACCUGUAGCCGAACCAGCACUACCUACAGAAAAAGUUAAAACACCUGUUGAGCUGGAACCAAUUGCGAAAGCUAAGACUCCUGAAGAAAAAGAAAAAGUUGAAAUACCUGUAGCCGAACCAGCACUACCUACAGAAAAAGUUAAAACACCUGUUGAGCUGGAACCAAUUGCGAAAGCUAAGACUCCUGAAGAGAAAGAAAAAGUUGAAAUACCUGUAGCUGAACCAGCACCACCUUCUGAAAAAGUUAAAACACCCGUUGAGCUUGAACCAAUUGCGAAAGCUAAGACUCCUGAAGAAAAAGAAAAAGGUGAAAUACCUGUAGCCGAACCAGCACUACCUUCAGAAAAAGUUAAAACACCUGUUGAGCUGGAACCAAUUGCGAAAGCUAAGACUCCUGAAGAAAAAGAAAAAGUUGAAAUACCUGUAGCCGAACCAGCACUACCUACAGAAAAAGUUAAAACACCUGUUGAGCUGGAACCAAUUGCGAAAGCUAAGACUCCUGAAGAGAAAGAAAAAGUUGAAAUACCUGUAGCUGAACCAGCACCACCUUCUGAAAAAGUUAAAACACCCGUUGAGCUUGAACCAAUUGCGAAAGCUAAGACUCCUGAAGAAAAAGAAAAAGGUGAAAUACCUGUAGCCGAACCAGCACUACCUUCAGAAAAAGUUAAAACACCUGUUGAGCUGGAACCAAUUGCGAAAGCUAAGACUCCUGAAGAAAAAGAAAAAGUUGAAAUACCUGUAGCCGAACCAGCACUACCUACAGAAAAAGUUAAAACACCUGUUGAGCUGGAACCUAUUACGAAAGCUAAGACUCCUGAAGAGAAAGAAAAAGUUGAAAUACCCGUAGCUGAACCAGCACUACCUACAGAAGAAGUUAAAACUCCUGUUGCGCUGGAACCUAUUUCGAAAGCUAAAACUCCUGAAGAAAAAGAAAAAGUUGAAAUACCUGUGUCAGAACCAGCACUAUCUAGAGAAAAAGUUAUAACUCCUGUUGAGCUGGAACCUAUUACGAAAGCUAAGACUCCUGAAGAGAAAGAAAAAGUUGAAAUACCUGUAGCUGAACCAGCACUACCUACAGAAGAAGUUAAAACUCCUGUUGCGCUGGAACCAAUUGCGAAAGCUAAGACUCCUGAAGAGAAAGAAAAAGUUGAUAUACCUAUAGCUGAACCAGCACUGCCUUCAGAAAAAAUUAAAACUCCUGUUGAGCUGGAACAAAUUACGAAACCUAAGCCUCCUGAUGAAAAAGAAAAAGAUGAAAUACCCGUAGCUGAAUCAGCACUACCUACAGAUAAAGUUAAAACUCCUGGUGAGCUGGAACCUAUUACGGAAGCUAAGACUCCAGAAGAGAAAGAAAAAGUUGAAAUACCUAUAGCUGAACCAGCACUACCUACAGAAAAAGUUAAAACUCCUGUUGAGCUGGAACCUAUUACGAAAGCUAAGACUCCAGAAGAGAAAGAAAAAGUUGAAAUACCUGUAGCUGAACCAGCACUACCUACAGAAAAAGUUAAAACUCCUGUUGAGCUGGAACCUAUUACGAAAGCUAAGACUCCUGAAGAGAAAGAAAAAGUUGAAAUACCUGUAGCUGAACCAGCACUACCUACAGAAAAAGUUAAAACUCCUGUUGAGCUGGAACCUAUUACGAAAGCUAAGACUCCUGAAGAGAAAGAAAAAGUUGAAAUACCUGUAGCUGAACCAGCACUACCUACAGAAAAAGUUAAAACUCCUGUUGAGCUGGAACCAAUUGCGAAAGCUAAGACUCCUGAAGAGAAAGAAAAAGUUGAAAUACCUGUAGCUGAACCAGCACUACCUACAGAAAAAGUUAAAACUCCUGUUGAGCUGGAACCAAUUGCGAAAGCUAAGACUCCUGAAGAGAAAGAAAAAGUUGAAAUACCUGUAGCUGAACCAGCACUACCUUCAGAAAAAGUUAAAACACCCGUUGAGCUGGAACCAAUUGCGAAAGCUAAGACUCCUGAAGAAAAAGAAAAAGUUGAAAUACCUGUAGCCGAACCAGCACUACCUACAGAAAAAGUUAAAACACCUGUUGAGCUGGAACCAAUUGCGAAAGCUAAGACUCCUGAAGAGAAAGAAAAAGUUGAAAAACCUGUGACUGAACCAACAGCACCUACCGAAAAAGUUAAAACUCCUGUUGAACGGGAACCAACUACGAAAGCUAAGACUCCUGAAGAGAAAGAAAAAGCUGAAAUACCUGUAGCCGAACCAGCACCAUCUUCAGAAAUAGUUAAAACACCUGUUGAGCUGGAACCAAUUGCGAAAGCUAAGACUCCUGAAGAGGAAGAAAAAGUUGAAAUACCUGUAGCUGAACCAGCACCACCUUCUGAAAAAGUUAAAGCACCUGUUGAGCUGGAACCAAUUGCGAAAGCUAAGACUCCUAAAGAAAAAGAAAAAGUUGAAAUACUUGUAGCCGAACCAGCACUACCUACAGAAAAAGUUAAAACACCUGUUGAGUUGGAACCAAUUGCGAAAGCUAAGGCUCCUGAAGAGGUAGAAAAAGUUGAUAUACCUGCAGCUGAACCAGCACUAACUUCAGAAAAAAUUAAAACUCCUGUUGAGCUGGAACAAAUUACGAAACCUAAGACUCCUGUAGAGAGAGAAAAAGAUGAAAUACCCGUACCUGAACCAGCACUACCUACAGAUAAAGUUAAAACUCCUGUUGAGCCGGAACCUAUUACGAAAGCUAAGACUACUGAAGAGAAAGAAAAAGUUGAAAUACAUGUAGCUGAACCAGCACUACCUACAGAAAAAGUUAAAAUACCUGUUGAGCUGGAACCUAUUACGAAAGUUAAGACUCCCGAAGAGAAAGAAAAAGUUGAAAUACCUGUUGCUGAACCAGCGCCACCUACAGAAAUAGCUAAAACUCCUGUUGAGCUAAAACCAAUUGCGAAAGCUAAAACUCCUGAAGAGAAAGAAAAAGUUGAAUUACCUGUGGCUGAACCAGCACUACCUACAGAAAGAGUUAAAACACCCGUUGAGCUGGAACCUAUUACGAAAGUUAAGACUCCUGUAGAGAAAGAAAAAGUUGAAAUACAUGUAGCUCAACCAGCACCACCUUCUGAAAAAAUUGAAACACCUGUUGAGCUGGAUCCAAUUGCGAAAGCUAAGACUCCUGAAGAAAAAGAAAAAGGUGAAAUACUUGUAGCCGAACCAGCACUACCUACAGAAAAAGUUAAAACACCUGUUGAGCUGGAACCUAUUACGAAAGCUAAGACUCUCGAAGAGAAAGAAAAAUUUGAAAUACCUGUAGCUGAACCAGCACUACCUACAGAAAAAGUGAAAACUCCUGUUGAGCUGGAACCUAUUUCGAAAGCUAAAACUCCUGAAGAAAAAGAAAAAGUUGAAAUACCUACAGAAAAAGUUAAAACACCUGUUGGGCUGGAACCAAUUGCGAAAGCUAAAACUCCGGAAGAGAAAGAAAAAGUUGAAAAACCUGUGACUGAACCAACACAUCCUACAGAAAAAGUUAAAACUCCUGUUGAACGGGAACCAACUACGAAAGCUAAGACUCCUGAAGAGAAAGAAAAAGUUGAAAUACCCGUAGCUGGACCAGCACUACUUACAGAAAAAGUUAAAACACCCGUUGAGCUGGAACCUAUUACGAAAGUUAAAACUCCCGAAGAGAAAGAAAAAGUAGAAAUACCUGUAGCUGAACCAGCCCUACCUACAGAAAAAGUGAAAACUCCUGUUGAGCUGGAACCUAUUACGAAAGCUAAGACUCCUGAAGAAAAAGAAAAAGUUGAAAUACCUGUAGCUGAACCGGCACUACCUGAAGUAAAAGUUAAAACACCUGUUGAGCUAGAACCAAUUGCGAAAGCUAAGACUCUUGAAGAAAAAGAAAAAGUUGAAAUACCUGUAGCUGAGCCAGCACUACCUACAGAAACAGUUAACACACCUGUUGAGCUGGAACCAAUUGUGAAAGCUAAGACUCCUGAGGGGAAAGAAAAUGUUGAAAUACCUGUAACUGAACUAGCACUACCUACUGAAAAAGUUAAAGCACCUGUUGAGCUGGAACCAACUGCGAUAGUUAAGACUCCUGAAGCGAAAGAAAAAGUUGAAAUUCCUGCAGUUGAGCCAACACUACCAACUGUAAAAGUUAAAUCUCCUGUCGAGCUGGAACCAAUUGCGAAAGGUAAGACUCCCGAAGAGAAAGAAAAAAUUGAAAUACCUGUAACUGAACCAGCACUACCCACAGAAAAAGUUAAAUCUCCUACUGAACUAGAACCAACUGCGAAAGUUAAGACUCCUGAAGAGAAAGAAAAAGUUGAAACACCUGCAGUUGAGCCAACACUGCCAACAGAAAAAGUUAAAUCUCCUGUUGAGUUGGAACCAAUUGCGAAAGCUAAGACUCCUAAAGAGAAAGAUAAAGUUGAAGUACUUGUAACUGAACCAGCACUACCCACAGAAAAAGUUAAGUCUCCUACUGAACUAGAACCUAUUGCGAAAGUUAAGACUCCUGAAGAGAAAGAAGAAGUUGAAAUACCUGCAGUUGAGCCAACACUAACAACAGAAAAAGUUAAAUCUCCUGUUGAGUUGGAACCGAUUCCGAAAGCUAAGACUCCCGAAGAGAAAGAAAAAAUUGAAAUACCUGUAACGGAACCAGCACUACCCACAGAAGAAGUUAAAUCUCCUACUGAACUAGAACCAACUGCGAAAGUUAAGACUCCUGAAAAGAAAGAAAAAGUAGAAAUACCUGCAGUUGAGCCAACACUACCAUCAGAAAAAGUUAAAUCUAUUGUUGAGUUGGAACCAAUUGCGAAAGCUAAGAUUCUUGAAGAGAUAGAAGAAGUUGAAAUACCUGUAACGGAAUCAGCACUACCUACAGUAAAAGUCAAAUCUCCUGCUGAACUAGAACCAACUGCGAAAGCUAAAACUCCAGAAGAAAAAGAAAAAGUUGGAAUACCUGUAGAUAAACCAACAUUACCUACAGAAAAAGUAAAAACUCCAGAUAAGCUAGAACCAAUUGCGAAAGCAAAGACUCCUGAAGAGAAAGAAAAAGUUGAAUCAUCUGUAACUGAACGAGCACUACCUACACAAGAAGUUAAAUUUCCCGUUGAACUAGAACCAACUGCGAAAUAUAAGACUUCCGAAGAGAAAGAAAAAGUUGAAUUUCCUGUAGCUGAACCAGCACUAGAUACAGAAAAAGUUAAAUCUCCUGUUGAGCUAGAAACAAUUGCGAAACCUAAGACUUCAGUAGAGAAAGAAAAAGUUGAAAUACCUAUAGCUGAACCAGCACUACAUACAGAAAAAGAUAAAUCUCUCGCUGAACUGGAACCAAUUGCAAAAGUUAAGACUGCUGAAGAGAAGGAUAAAAUUGAAAUUCCUGAAGCUGGACCAGCACUAUAUACAGUAAAAGUUAAAUUUCCUGUUGAGCUAGAAGCAAUUGCGAAAGCUAUGACUCCAAAAAAGAAAGAUAGAGUUGAAAUACCUGUAGCAAAACCAACACUACCCCCUGAAAAAGUUAAAUAUCCUGUUGAACUUGAACCAAUUGCGAAAGCUAAGACGCCUGAAGAGAAGGAUAAAGUUAAAAUAGCUGAAGCUGAACCAGCACUACCUACAGAGAAAGUUAAAUUUCCCGCUGAACUGGAACCAAUUGCGAAAGCUAAGACUCCAGAAGAGAAAGAAACAGUUGAAAUACCAUUAGCUGAAUCAUCACUACUUUCAGAAAAAGUCAAACUUCUUAAGACUACCCAAGAGAAAGAAAAAUUUGUAGCAGUACCUACAAAAAUAGUUGAAAGUAUAGUUGAAUUCGAAGCAAUUAAAAAAUCUGAGACUUUAGGGGAGAAGCAGAAAUAUUUUACUAAACCUACUCACGUCAAAAGUGUUAGGAGAGAUACUGCUGCAGUAGAAUAUACGCUUGAGGGUUCGGAACUGCCAGUUGUAGAAUUAGAAUCAUCCACCACACUAGCAAAGGAUAGUGAUCAUUUUCUAGAACAUGACGAGGUUCAAGAGAUGACUAAAGGUACUACCACUUUAAUAGAUGUAGAACAAUUGCUUGAGUCGCCAGAACUUGUAGACAUAGAAACUAAAGCUAUGCAUCCAUCAUUAGAAAUACAGUUUGAGAGGCAUGAUGCCGAAUACAUGACAGAGUACCAAUCUUCCUGUCGUAGAGAGUCAGCAAAGUUGUCUGAAACCGACGCCGAACCAUUUUCUUCUGAAACCGAUUCUUCGAAUAAAUUAGAACAUACACUAUUGGAAACUGAAUCUCACGUUUCGAUUAUAGAAAUAUCACAACCUACGAAACAAGAAUUAAAAUUAUCGGAUGACGUUAAUAAAGGAUACAAGGUGUUAACAUCCGAUAUAGUGAUGAAAGACGAUUUGCUGGAAGUAACUGUUCGCGACGUGAAGGAAACAACAAAAACACAUUUUGAGAAAGACAAAGUGAGUAAAAAAAUGAGGGUUGUGCAGUCAAAACAAACUAAAUCUAAAUCAAUACAGGAGGAAGCCGAAAAGAAAAAGAUGUCAGUUGGACGUCAAGGUCAGAAGGUGAAGGUUCUAAAAGUGACAAGUGACGCUGAUAUAAGUUCUGAUGAUGAUAGGAGAACUCAGCAAACCUCUAAAGGUAAAAUUUUGAAGAAAACGUCAAAGACUCGGUCAACUGAAAAAGUAAAAUCAACAGAAGUAAUUAGAACCAGUUCACGUCAAUCUAAAGGCGAGUCAAACAUUCCUAAAUUAAUUAAGACAGCUUUGCCCAGAUUAUCCAGCUCUGACAGUCCAUCUAGAGACACUCCGAAAGAGAGUCCUCAUAAAAGACACGACUACUUGCGGAAAAAAUCUAAAACUCCAGAAAUGCCGAAGCCUACCUCAAUUGUUAGAAAGUACGAUACCCGCAUUCACGGAUACAUGCAGUCUACUGUUUCUAGAGACAUGAAAAUUGAAAAAACCAAGGACAAAACUACAGUGCAACUUGUGAAAACUAAAGAUAAGCGGGAAAUUGACAACGCCAACGAAAAAAUAAAAAGCAAACUUAAAUUCGAACAUAAAGUGGAAAAGAAGAUCGAGUCGCACUAUAAGCAAACCCAUACUAAAACUACUGCUACCAAAAAAGUUUCCCAGUCGAAAGAGGCGACGCAAAAGAAAAUAAAAGAUAUGCAAUCUAUGGACAUUGAGAAACAGGUAGAAAUAGAAAAAAUGAAAACUUCUAGGUACAUUUCAUCAGUCCACUCAACACCAAAGAAACAAUUAAGAACCAAAACAGUCGACACGAAUAAAAUAGUCGAAAAGAAGCAACCACAAAGCAUCACUACAUAUCCUACAGAUGCCAAAGUUUAUAAGGCAGAACUAGUAACGAGAAUCGACAGUCCCAAACCUAGUCCCUCCCCAACCAAAUUACGCCGCACCAUUGUAACUGAACAUAUCAAAAGGUUUUCCACGCAGUCUGGUGAGAAACCGUCCACGAAACUUGAUUCCGAUAAAACCGUCCAAUUUUCCGACCGGAUCCGCAGCCAAUCCGUAAUCCCUACCACAUGCCACGAAUUGGUAGAGGAGGAUCGCAAGAGCACCAGCCCCACCUCUUUACCAGGUAGCCCAAUAAGAAUGAGAUCGGUUAGUGGUGGCACUAAACUCAUCACUUCCGAAGUGUUCACCAGAACCCAGAACUACACCGGUUCCAUCGAGGUAAUAUACAGACAGCCCUUGGAAAACAUUCGAAGGGUAGUAUCUGCUUUAAAAAACGAGACAGAAAUGUCGCUUAUCGACACCACAGACUCUAGCUUGUCAGAAUCCGUAGCCUUACCCAGUUCUCCUUCAGACCAUGACGUGAGCUCCGACGCCAAUGGUCGAUUCAAAUCCAUCUCCCCGUCCUCUCCUAGGCAGCGCAGAAGUCUGGAGUCCAUUCACGAAACCGAACACAGGGUCUCCGACCUCAUAAUCUGCGCGGACACAGCUCCAGACCAAAUAGCCACACAAGACAUAUCCUCCGCUGUAUCUCUUCCCAGAAAAUUGGUUAUGUCUCACUACGAGGAGAUGAAACAGGCCGAAUACGGCUUGUCGAUUGAGGUUUCACGAAGACCCACAGAGACCGGGUCUCAAAAGUCCGAGGAUAGGUUGUCGCCUAUCAUUGACGUGGAAAUCGUGUCUCCUCCCAGGAGGAAGCACCAAUUUUCUUACGAGGAGGAAGGGGACGAGGAAGAGGAAGAAGAAGGGGAUGCAACUCCAGGUACAACAUUAUCCGUGUUGCCUGACCCUAAAGCGGUGUCAUCCCACAGCAUGGCUUUCCGAAUAGACACAAGCAAAGAGAAAGGAACAGAAGUACAGAAGAUUCACCCUAUAGAAAUGUCAUUAAAUCCGGACAUACCAAAAAUUGCUAUAACUCCUGGGUCUGAAGAAGACGAUGACAAUGUUUUUGAUCUAACGGAAACACUAACGGAUCUAGAAGCAAUUGACGAAGAAGAAUCUCCAACUACGAAUACCAAACAAAAAAUCGCAAGGAAAAAUAAAUUGAAGAUAAAAUUGACAGACGACAUCUAUACUACGGACUAUGAAGAUUAUGAAGCAUCUGAUAAUGAAGAAGAAAUAAAAUUAAUUAAACAUAAAUCGCCCAUAUCUUUAGAAAAUAUGGAUUUGGAAGAAGGUACAUAUGAGGAGUCAUUUAAGGACCAAGGAAUGCCAGGCAAAGGAAAAAAUAAAUUAAGAACACAACGUUCUAUUACGCAAAUGAAGAAAGAACCACUCGAAGAAUCUAACGAUGCUCUUACUAAUCUGACAGAUGAGGAAUCUUUCAAUACAGAUAGUGAACUGGAAUCGAAGGAGAUUACAACAGCUAACAUGAACUUGGAAUACUACAAUGAUGACGUAAACGUAUCAGAAAUAAUCAAAUUUAAUCAUGAGAAUACCUCGAGCGACAUCCCAGAUAAUAACCUGAACGUGAACCAGUUGAGUACUUUGUCCCUUUCUCCAAAUCUGUCCGACCUGACUGACGUCGAGGUACUGUAUUCAGAUUUAAAUGACGAAACGGAUACCGUAAAGGAUAAAUCUAGAAGACGACGCCGUAGAGGCGGUCGAAAAUAUUCAGAGACCGAUGUAGAAGAUCUGGAGAUUUCCGAGAGUGAAGUGGGAUGUUUUACUCAGAAUAAAAAGUCUUCAAAAAGGCAAACUCGCGCGAACCUCAUGGCAAAAAGCCAAUCUUUAAAUUUCGAAUCAGAUAACGAGGAUAAUGGAAACGUUCGAUUCCCCAUUUGCAAAAAGGUAACAAAGAGAAGCAUGUUAAAAAUUCCCAACUUUGAAACCAACUUGUUAACCGAUACAGAGGAUGUCGAGGGAGAAGUGGGCGAUCAGUCACCACUCUUGGAGAAUGAACUAUCAAGCGAUAAUUCUCUUGUGGAGAAAUUGAGCGAUAUUGUGAAUUGUUAUAGUCAAACAACAGAGAUAAACACCAUGGUCAAAAACAAACGUAUUUACAAACAAGCUUUGAACAAAGACAAAAACAAACAAGCUCCGAACAAAGACACAGCAUCCUCCAAACACCAGAGUACGGAAUCAGAUAAUUAUCAAAGCGAAGAUGAUGCAAGUGAUCAAGGAAACAGAAGAAAGAGCAUUAAUUACAAGAUAUGUUUUUCUCCUAAGCCUAAAACAAGUGUUUUACGUAAAUCUAAAAAAAAUUUUAAGGAAGGGAACAUAACUGAUUCUGAAGCCAUUGAUAGCUCAUCAGAUGAAAAUGGAUCAGAAACAAUGCCUUUAGCUUUACUAAACCAAAAUUUCACCGAGGAAGAAGAUUUCGAGGACGAUGAGAUUGAUUCCACCUACCAAUUCCCAGAAAUAGAAUUACCUCUUCCUAGUCGCAACCUAGUUGUUUUGAAAGAAAAUAAUCCUCAACCCUCUGUGCAUAUUCUACCACUCGAGGACGAUGCACCGGAGAAGAUACAGCUUCAGGACUUACCAAAGGUACAAACUGACGAAGAGAGCAUUUCUGAAGCGGAGGACGCUUUAGAAACGUUGGGGACUAUUGCGACUCCUGAAUUGCCCUCCUUGGAUUUUGGUUUCGUUCAAAUAAUCGAUACUUUGGGACAAAAGUUGAAAACAACUGCUGUAGAUAACGGUGCAGUGACAGACACCGAAGAUUUGAUAUUGGACGGUAAAGUAAAACAUCGCAGAGCACCUAAAUUCAAGUACCUACACGAAAAGAGCCUUGCGAGAAGGAAUAAACUAUUAGUGAAUGAGGAAAGAGCGCUACUAACUGAUACUGAAGACGUUUACUUAAGUGAUGAUAAUGUAGAACAGACAAACCACCUAAUUCCAAGGCAAGCCAACGAUGUCGUUACAGAUGUAGAAAAUUUGGCCGAUUCCUCCGAAGAGGAUAAAGAUGCUGGUGUAAGACCGCUGUCUUGCACUCCUCAGCAUAUGCGGGAAAUGGGAUGUGAGACGGUUAUGGCGAAGGAAGGCGCAGGGCCCUUUUCAAAAGAGGAUCGCAUAUCGGUCAACUUGUACAAGAAAGGAAUUACGCAAGUAACUGUCAGUCCCACGAAUACUGAUACUGAAGACAUGGUAGCAUCGGCAGAUGAGGACAACGCAAACUACUCCAGGGCUGAAACUGCUACGCCUAAUCAGGUGCACAGCGAAUUCGACGGGAUGAGUUCUAGCAAGGUCUACGCCGCAGUCGUAAACAAAUUUGACGCGGAUGCUCCAAAUGAGGUUAUGUAUCUGAAAGGUGGUGGCUAUACCGAGCGAAAUACCGAUGUUGAGGAUAUUUCUGACAUGGAACAUGAAUUUGCAACUGGUGUGGUCGAUCUUGAGGAUUAUAUGACUAAUGGUAAUAAGGAAACGGUAUCGCUGAAUUUUCACGAUGGGUUUGUGUCGUUUGGGAUCGGAAAAGAAUGGGACGCCCAGAAGAAGCCGGCAAUGUCCGAGCCCAAAGCACUAAUAGAAGACGCAGCACAGCAAGGAAAAACGACUACGACAGCACAUUAUUUAGUUAGUAACGAAGAUUUAACCCUUGACGACUUACCCGUUAGCGAUAAUAUUUUCUCAUCCGAAAUUUCAAAAUCGAUUUAUGACCAAACUAAUGCUUUAAUUCAAUCUGAGUCACGUGCUGAACCCUAUCAUCCGCAUACGGAAAAACACUACAAAGUUCAAAAAGCGGAAGAAAAGGGUUCGCCCAAGGAAGACAAAAAGAGAAAGAAGAGCAUCCUAGGAACAAUAAAGACAUUUGUUGGCAAGUCGCUCGAUCUCUCCGAUUCCGAUUCCGAAAAAUCACCCAAAAAAGAAAAGAAGCCGAAGAAAGAGAAGAAGAAAAAGAAGAUACCUUCUGGAGAACUUCCUCCUGAAGUCCCCCCACGUCCUCCGCGAAAACCAAAGAUUUCCAUACCCACUGAGGAACAGAAAUACGCAGACAUACCUUUCGUAGAAGCAUCACCUUCCGACACUACACCGUCAUACUUACCCGCUGAAAUAACAACGCAAGAACUAACUCCCUAUCCCGUACCCGAACAAGAAGUGCCCGCCAAAACGACACAUAAAGUGUCAAUAACUAUUCCUGUAACAGAUCUAGACGACACCGAUUCCGAUGCCGUAACAGACCAAGCUAAAGAAAUCGUAACAGGUGUCAUCAGUGACGGCGAGGAAGCCGUAAAACAGUUACAAAAGUCGCCGAAAGCUAAAAAACAGAAAAUUGUCGUGGUUGACGAAAUAAUAGAAAAAACUUUUGCGCCAGCCACCGUAGAAGAAGAAGAAUUUACAAUCAUCAUUGAUCCCACACGAAAAGGAUCUCUUAAGAAAACGAAAGAAACGUUCACCAUUAACAUAGACGAAAGUAUCAACCAAAUCGAAAAAGAGUUAAUGGAAAAAUCGCCUAUUUUAUCCGAUGAAAAGUUAGUUAAACCUAUUGCGCAAAUUGAGGGUCCCGUCAGGCCGCCGCGUUUGAGGGAUCACGUUUAUGAAGACAUCGACGAACCUUCAGAAAGAUUCGUGUCAGAUCUUAGUAUUAUUCCACCCUUACAAAUCAUCGACGAUAUAAAAACUAAAACGACCGAUCUAAUUCAGAAUGAAGUCGCCUUUGCUGGACAAGAUGAGAAAGUUCCCACAACGCAAAAAGUCGAAGGGAAAGAAGAACUAAAGGAAAAGAUAACUGACAGUCAAAAAAUGAAACGGAAGCACGGUAAACUAUUCGGUUUGUUUGGCAAAUCUAAAGAAGCGGAAGAUUCAGACGAUGAUAGCAAAAAGGAAGUCAUCGAAAAACAAGACGAAGAAACAUCAAAAGAACAAGAAGUGAAGAUUGAAGUUCAAAAGUAUCCAAAAUUAAGGAAAGGUAAAAGCAAGGAAAAAGUUGACGUGGAGGAAAGAUCCGAAGUUACUGAACCCCAAAAGUCUCCAAAGAAAGGUCGAGGAAAGGAAAAAGAAGAGAAAGGUUUCCUGGGUCUAUUCAAAAGAGGAAAGAAAGAUGAAGAGUCCAGGCCAGUUUUCUCUGACAUCGCUAUUAAAAAUAUGAUCGAUUCCACCGCUUUCCUAAAGGAAGAAAUUGAUAAAUAUCAUGACGUUAAAUAUGUUCCCGCAAUACCGCAAAGUAAGGUGGAAACUGAUAAAAAAUUGGAAUUAGUAAGCGAGAUUGCCCUUCCCAAAGAACAAAUAUUAGAAACUAAAAUAGAAGACACACAGGUGAAAGCUGUACCUUCCGAAACACUUAUUAAACAUAUACAGGAUUCUACUUCAUUUUUAAAAGACGAAGUAGAUAAGUACCAUGAUGUACGACCUGUUGUUUCAGAUAAAGUAAUCAUAACUGAGGUAACAGAUAUAGAAAUUACAAAAGAACCAAUUGACAAAUCCAAAAACUCCUUCGGUAUAUUUAAGAAAAAACCGUCCGAAGAAAAAGAACUUGAAUCAACAAUCGAAAAAGUACAAGCCCAGCCAGUGCUAUCCCAAGAAGUGGAGAGGCAGAUGGGAGAAAGCGAUUCAUUUUUAAAAGAUGAAGUUAAAUUCUAUCAUGACGUGAGGCCUGUAAUAAAAGAAACAGCAAACGUCGAAGUAGUUACAUCCCCAGAAAAACCGAAAAAGAAAAAGAAAGACGAAGCCAAAGGGUUCUUUGGAAUAUUCAAAAAGAAACCAUCCGAAGAGAGAGAUAUGGAACCGAAACAAGAGAAAGUAACCGCUAAACCAGUACUUUCCGCAGCUACCUUAGAAAAUAUGAAAAACAGUGACUCAUUCUUAAAAGACGAGGUAACUUGGUACCAUGACGUGCGCCCAAUAGUGACUUCUGUACCACAAGCAGAGACAAAGUUGUCCCCCGAAAAAAUAAGAAAACAGCAAAAAGAAGAUGAGAAAGGUUUGCUGGGUAUCUUAAAAAGAAAGCCAGCAGAGAAAGACGUUGAGAAAGAGAAAACUGAAGCACAGGCGAUAUCUGCAACUACCAUUAAAGUCAUGAAAGAAUCAGAUGAAUUCCUAAAGGACGAAGUUGAAAGGUACCAUGACGUUCGGCCAAUUACCACUGAAUCAGUAACAGCCACUGAGAAAAAGCAACUGAUAGAACCAGGUGUGGUUGCAGUUACAAAAAUCGAGAAAUAUCAUGAAGUGCAUCCUCAAGUUAUAGAGAAAGAGACAGUAAUAGAAACAGAAACUUCAAUAUUACCUAAAGAUGAUCAAAAGAAAGAUCUAAUGAAAAUUUCGCAAGAGGCGUUAUCUGAAAAUGCCAUGGAACAAACAGAUUCGUUCUUGAAUGAUGAAAUUGAAAGAUAUCAUGACGCUCGUCCCAUAGUUAAAAAGUUGGAAACGAAACCACCUAGUGACAAACAGGAAAGGAGCGAAGGAAAAGGACUGUUUGGAUUAUUCAAAAAGAAGUCAUCGGAGGAGAAAGAAAUCGAACCAAAAAUUAUAAGAGUAGAGAAAUCUCUGGUUCUUUCCGAACAAGUUGUCAAGGAUAUGGUAGAAACGGACACAUUUUUGAAGGACGAAAUUGAGAGAUACCACGAUGUUCGUCCAAUUGUUACAACUGCUGAACUUGCUGAAAUACAAAAAUCUACAGAUAAACAAAAAUCCCCACAGAAGCAAAAAUCUCCAGAAAAACAAAAAACCCCAGAAAAACAAAAAUCUCCAGAAACGCAAAAGUCUGCAGAAAAGCAAAAACCCUCGGGAAAGCAAAAAUCCCCAGAGAAGCAAAAGAAGGAAAAGAAAGAACACGGCAAAGGCUUGUUCGGCAUUUUCAGGAAGAAAACUGUCGAAAAAGAUGUAGAAAAACUUGAGGAGAAACCAGUUUUAUCCGCGAAUAUCCUUAAGGAUAUGCAAGAUAGUGAUUCAUUUCUAAAUGAAGAAAUUGACAGAUAUCACGACGUCAGACCUGUUAUUAAGCACCCAGUUGUAACUCAAACAAUUGAAAAGCCGGUAGACGUCCAAAAACAUGAAUUAUUCCAGGAAAAACCAUCUAAAGAUAAAGAAAUUGAACCGCGUGCUGAAAAAGAAAAGAAAGAUCAUGGAAAAGGUCUUUUCGGAAUAUUCAAGAAGAAAUCCGAUGAGAAAGAAAUUGAACCAAAGGUUGAAAAAUCCGAAGCGAAAACUAUUGCAAAAGAAACAUCCGAAGAAUUUAUUAAAUACAUGUUAGACAGUGAUUUAUUCCUGAAAGAUGAAAUUGACAAUUAUCAUGAUGUGCGUCCGGUAGUUAAAGAGAAAGUCAUACUAGAAUCAACUGAAGAGAAAAUUGACGAGAAAAAGAAGCCAAAAACUAACAUUGAAGAAUCCCGGGACGUCCCAGUCUUAUCCGAAGAAAUUAUCAAGUAUAUGAUUGCCAGUGAUUCCUUCCUAAAAGAUGAAAUAGAAAAGUAUCAUGACGUGCGUCCUGUUAUUAAAGAUAAAGCUGAACAAGUACAAAAACUGGCCAAAAAGGACGAGGAACAUGGAAAGGGUCUUUUUGCCAUAUUUAAAAAGAAAGGCGAUGAAAAUGAUAUCGAACCAAAAGUGGAAAGAGAGGAAAGCAAAGGAAUCCUUUCUGAAACUGUUCUCCAAAAUAUGCAAGAGACAGACUCAUUCCUAAAAGACGAAAUAAAUAAAUACCAUGAUGUGAGACCAAUCAUCCAACAAGGUGACGUAGUCGAAAAGGAUGCUGGAAAAGGACUCUUUGGAAUAUUCAAGAAGAAACCUUCCGAAGAAAAGGAGAUCGAACCUAUAAUUAAAAAAUCCAGCGAAAAACCAAUGCUGUUGUCUGAAAACGUUGUUAAAAAUAUUAUUGAAAGCGACUCAUUCUUAAAGGAAGAAGUGGAAAAAUAUCACGAUGUUCGUCCUAUCAUUAAGGAAGAAAUACAAUUAGCUGAAAAGCAGGCGUCGCCUAAAAAAGAUAAGAAAGAACACGGUAAAGGACUCUCUGGCAUAUUCAAAAAGAAAGAUGACGAAAAAGAUGUCGAACCAAAAGUUGAGAAACACGAAACCACGUCAGUUUUCUCUGAAAGCGUCCUUCAAAGUAUGCAUAACACUGACUCGUUUUUGAAAGAUGAAAUAGACAUAUACCACGACGUCAGACCAAUCAUCAAACAAGAACCCAAAAUUGUAUCCAAAAAAGGUGAAGGAAAAGGAUUAUUUGGAAUUUUCAAGAAAAAAUCUUCUGAAGAAAAGGAAGUUGAAUCAUUAAUUGAAAAAUCAACCGAGAAACCUGUGCUGCUAUCUGAAAACGUUAUUAAACAUAUUAUUGAAAGCGACUCGUUCUUAAAGGACGAAGUGGAAAAGUAUCACGACGUUCGUCCUAUCAUUAAGGAAGAAGUACAGUUACCAGAAACGCACGUUUCGUCCAAAAAAGAAAAGAAAGAACAUGGUAAGGGACUCUUUGGCAUUUUCAAAAAGAAAGGCGAUGAAGAAGAUGUCGAACCAAAAGUUGAGAAACACGAAACCACGGCAGUUUUCUCUGAAAGCGUCCUUCAAAGUAUGCAUGACACUGACUCAUUUUUGAAAGAUGAAAUAGACAUAUACCACGACGUCAGACCAAUCAUAAAACAAGAACCCAAAAUUGAAGCCGAAAAAGGUGAAGGAAAAGGAUUAUUUGGAAUUUUCAAGAAAAAAUCUUCUGAAGAAAAGGAAGUUGAAUCAUUAAUUGAAAAAUCAACCGAGAAACCUGUGCUGCUAUCUGAAAACGUUAUUAAACAUAUUCUUGAAAGCGACUCAUUUUUAAAGGACGAAGUAGAAAAGUAUCACGACGUUCGUCCUAUCAUUAAGGAAGAAGUACAGGUAGUCGAAAAGCAGGCAUCGCCUAAAAAAGAUAAAAAUGAACAUGGCAAGGGACUCUUCGGCAUUUUCAAAAAGAAAGGCGAUGAAGAAGAUGUUGAACCAAAAGUUGAGAAACACGAAGCCACGGCAGUUUUCUCUGAAAGCGUCCUUCAAAGUAUGCAUGACACUGACUCGUUUUUGAAAGACGAAAUAGACAUAUACCAUGACGUUAGACCAGUCAUCAAACAAGAACCCAAAAUUGAAUCCGAAAAAGGCGAAGCAAAAGGAUUGUUUGGAAUUUUCAAGAAAAAAUCUUCUGAAGAAACGGAAGUCGAAUCUUUAAUUGAAAAAUCAACCCAGAAACCUGUGCUGCUGUCUGAAAACGUUAUUAAAAAUAUUAUUGAAAGCGACUCAUUCUUAAAGGACGAAGUGGAAAAAUAUCAUGACGUUCGUCCUAUCAUUAAGGCAGAAGUACAAGUAGCUGAAAAGCAAGUAUCGCCUAAAAAAGAACAUGGCAAAGGACUCUUUGGCAUAUUCAAAAAGAAACACGAUGAGAAAGAUGUCGAACCAAAAGUUGAGAAAGACGAAACCACGGCAGUUUUCUCUGAAAGCGUCCUUCAGAGUAUGCAUGACACUGACUCGUUUUUGAAAGACGAAAUAGACAUAUACCACGACGUCAGACCUAUCAUCAAACAAGAACCUAAAAUUGAAGCUGAAAAAGGUGAUGGAAAAGGAUUGUUUGGGAUUUUCAAGAAAAAAUCUUCUGAAGAAAAGGAAGUUGAACCUUUAAUUGAAAAAUCAACUGAGAAACCCAUGCUGCUGUCUGAAAACGUUAUUAAAAAUAUUACUGAAAGCGAUUCAUUCUUAAAGGACGAAGUGGAAAAGUAUCACGACGUUCGUCCUAUUAUUAAGGAAGAGGUACAGUUACCAGAAACGCACGUUUCACCCAAAAAAGAUAAGAGAGAACAUGGCAAGGGACUAUUCGGCAUAUUCAAAAAGAAAGAUGAUGAGAAAGAUGUCGAACCAAAAAUUGAGAAACACGAAGCCACGGCAGUUUUCUCUGAAAGCGUUCUUCAAAGUAUGCAUGAUACUGACUCAUUUUUAAAAGAUGAAAUAGACAUAUAUCACGAUGUCAGACCAAUCAUCAACCAAGAACCCAAAAUUGAAGCCGAAAAAGGUGAUGGAAAAGGAUUAUUUGGAAUUUUCAAGAAAAAAUCUUCUGAAGAAAAGGAAGUUGAAUCAUUAAUUGAAAAAUCAACCGAGAAACCUGUGCUGCUGUCUGAAAACGUUAUUAAAAAUAUUACUGAAAGCGAUUCAUUCUUAAAGGACGAAGUGGAAAAGUAUCACGACGUUCGUCCUAUUAUUAAGGAAGAGGUACAGUUACCAGAAACGCACGUUUCGCCCAAAAAAGAAAAGAAAGAACAUGGUAAGGGACUCUUUGGCAUUUUCAAAAAGAAAGGCGAUGAAGAAGAUGUCGAACCAAAAGUUGAGAAACACGAAACCACGGCAGUUUUCUCUGAAAGCGUCCUUCAAAGUAUGCAUGACACUGACUCAUUUUUAAAAGAUGAAAUAGAUAUAUAUCACGAUGUCAGACCAAUCAUCAAACAAGAACCCAAAAUUGAAGCCGAAAAAGGUGAAGGAAAAGGAUUGUUUGGAAAUUUCAAGAAAAAAUCUUCUGAAGAAAAGGAAGUCGAAUCUUUAAUUGAAAAAUCAGCCCAGAAACCUGUGCUGCUCUCUGAAAACGUUAUUAAAAAUAUUAUUGAAAGCGACUCAUUUUUAAAGGACGAAGUGGAAAAGUAUCACGACGUUCGUCCUAUCAUUAAGGAAGAAGUACAGUUACCAGAAACGAACGUUUCGCCCAAAAAAGAAAAGAAAGAACAUGGUAAGGGGCUCUUUGGCAUUUUCAAAAUGAAAGGCGAUGAAGAAGAUGUCGAACCAAAAGUUGAGAAACACGAAACCACGGCAAUUUUCUCUGAAAGCGUCCUUCAAAGUAUGCAUGACACUGACUCAUUUUUGAAAGAUGAAAUAGACAUAUACCACGACGUCAGACCAAUCAUCAAAGAAGAACCCAAAAUUGAAGUCGAAAAAGGUGAAGGAAAAGGAUUGUUUGGAAUUUUCAAGAAAAAAUCUUCUGAAGAAAAGGAUGUCGAAUCUUUAAUUGAAAAAUCAGCCGAGAAACCUGUGCUGCAGUCUGAAAAUGUUAUUAAAAAUAUUAUUGAAAGCGACUCAUUUUUAAAGGACGAAGUGGAAAAGUAUCACGACGUUCGUCCUGUUAUUAAGGAAGAAGUACAGGUAGUCGAAAAGCAUGUUUCGCCCAAAAAAGAAAAGAAAGAACAUGGUAAGGGACUCUUUGGCAUUUUCAAAAAGAAACACGAUGAGAAAGAUGUCGAACCAAAAGUUGAGAAACACGAAACCACGGCAGUUUUCUCUGAAAGCGUCCUUCAAAGUAUGCAUGACACUGACUCAUUUUUGAAAGACGAAAUAGACAUAUACCAUGACGUCAGACCAAUCAUUCAACAACACAAAAUUGAAAAAAUUGAAGCUGAAAAAGGCGAAGGAAAAGGAUUAUUUGGAAUAUUCACAAAGAAAGCUUCGGAAGAAAGGGAAAAGGAACUAGCUGAAGAAAUAGAGCCAAAAUCUGACAAAACUAAAGAAGCCCCAGCAUUUUCUGAAGAAACCUUUAAGAACAUGGUUGAAUCUGACAAUUUCUUAAGAGAUGAAGUAGAGGUUUAUCAUGACGUUCGUCCUAUUAUUAAAAAGGAAAUACAACACAUAUCUGAAAUACAGGAAUCUCCCAAUAAAGCAAAGAAGGAACAUGCCAAAGGAUUGUUCAGCAUAUUCAAAAAGAAAACUGAAGAAAAGGAAAUCGAACCAGAAGUUAAAAAAGUUGAGAGCGAAGCUGUUUCCUCUGAAAAUAUCCUUGAAAGGAUGCAUGAUACUGAUUCAUUCAUAAAAGGUGAAGUCGACAAAUAUCAUGAUGUCCGACCUAUCGAAAAACAAUCAGAUGCAAUCGAAAAGGAUGAUGAGAAAGGAUUAUUUGGAAUAUUCAAAAAGAAAACUUCUGAAGAAAGGGAAAUCGAACCCAAGACUGAAACAUCCACGGAAUCAUCAGUACUUUUAUCCGAAAAUGUUUUGAAAAAUAUUAUAGAGAGCGACACAUUCUUAAAAGAAGAAGUUGCAAAAUAUCACGAUGUUCGCCCAAUUAUAAAGAAGGAGGUAGAAACAACUGAAAAACAGAAAGCCAGCAAAGGUGAAGCUAAAGGUUUAUUUGGACUGUUUAAAAAGAAACCAUCCGAAGAGAAAGAAAUAGAGUCGAAAAUUGAAAAAUUAAAAGAGAUACCAAUUUUAUCUGAACAAACUGUAAAGGAUAUGACGGCAACCGACUCAUUUUUGCAAGACGAGGUGCAGUUAUAUCACGAUGCACGACCAAUUAUUGAAGAAACAAUUACUGUGGAAGUAACACCAACAAAAAAGAAAAAGGACGAAGCAAAAGGGUUGUUUGGUGUAUUUGCGAAAAAAUCAUCGGAGGAAAAGGAAGUGGAACCAGAAAUAGACAAAGAAAUAACAAAACCAGUUUUAUUUGGAACAGUUCUCAAAGAAACGACAGAAACAGAUUCAUUCCUGAAAGAUGAAGUAAGUAAGUCACCGAAAAAAUCUAAAAAAGAAAAAGAAAAACAGGACAGCAAAGGACUUUUUGGUAUUUUCAAAAAGAAAUCUUCAGAAGAAAAAGAAAUAGAACCGAAGAAAGUCGAAAAACUAGUGUUAAGCGAACCUACACUUAAAGAUAUGGCAGAUACUGACUCUUUCUUAAAAGACGAAAUACAAUAUUAUCAUGACGUACGUCCCAUAAUCCAAAAAAUUGAAACUGGAUCAGUAAGAAAGUCGCCAGAAAAAUCUAAAAAAGAGAAAAAAGGUGAAGGUAAAGGCUUGUUUGGAAUAUUUAAAAAGAAGUCUUCGGAAGAAAGGGAAAUUGAACAAAAAUCUCAAAAAACUAAAGAGGCUGAGGAAGCGAUUCAAAGUAUGAAAGACGCUGACUCAUUUUUAAAGGACGAAGUGGAUAAAUACCAUGAUGUUCGUCCGAUAAUCACAGAGACUGAGAAAUUAAGCGAAAAACAGAAGGAAGAGAAAGGCAUUUUUGAGAUACUUAAAAAGAAACCAUUCGAAGAAAUAGAAACAGAUACAAAAGCUGUGAAAACUGAAUCUUUGCCUGUACUCUCGGAAAGCCCAAUAAAAUAUAUGCAGCAAACUGAUACCUUCCUCAACGAUGAAAUUGAAAGGUAUCAUGACGUCCGUCCAAUAGUGUCGCUAGAACCAGCGCUAGAAACAGUGGAACAGACAAAAAAGGAAAAAGGAUUCUUGGGACUAUUCAAAAAGAAGCCUUCUGAGGAAAAGGAACUAAUAACGGAAAAACCAGUUUCAUCUGAAACGACUCUUAAAAACAUGGAAGAAAGCUUCGAUUUCUUAAAUGGUGAAGUUGAAAGAUAUCAUGACGUUCGACAAGUUGCUCAUGGUACUGCCAAAGUUCCUGAAUUAGCGCCAGAAAAAGUCACUGAAACAGUUACCAUCAAAAAAGACACUGCAGUACUAGAAGACCCAUUAUUCAAAUCAGAAGUAGCUAAGUAUUUUGAAGAAGGACCUGUCAUAAAGGAAACAAUCACUAUUACAAAAAUUCAAACAACGGGUACACCAAAAGACCAAAUAGCUGGAACUGAUUCGUCGGAAACAAACAUCUCAAAAGAAGAAUACGAUAAAAUAUUAGUUAAGCCAAUGUUAUCUGGGCCGACAGUGAAAGAUAUGAACGAUAGCAACGCAUUUUUACAUGCAGAGAUUGAAAGUUUCGACGAUGUAAGGCCUAUCGUCCCAAGCAUUGCCAGUGAGGAUAAAACAGUGAAGGAAAAACCUGAAGAGAAGAAAAUCGGCUUCCUAGGCAUAUUCAAGAAGAAACCUUCUGAGGAAAGGGAAACUGAAUCGAAAAUAGCCAAAGUAGAACAUGCUAUAGUAUCGGAAGCUGCUCAGGUGAAAGGAAAGGCCGAUGAUAUAACAAAGGAUACACCAGAAACUGAUGAAAAAGGAGGAUUUUUCGGUAUAUUCAAGAAAAAGCAUGGAGAAGAUAAAGAAUAUAAGAAAGAGGACACUUUGAUUAUUUCAGAAGAAGUCAUGAAAAACAUAUACGAUACCGAUACUUUCCUUAAAGAUGAAGUUGAAAAAUUUCAUGAUGUUCGACCUGCAAUAGAGGAUGCUGCGAAAAAGGACAAAGUGGAAAAGGGCGAUGAAAAAGGUGGAAUACUAGGCAUAUUUAAGAAAAGCAAGCACGACGAUAUUUUAACGGAAGCGGAAAAGCAGAAUAUCCCAGAGACUACAAACUUCUUAAAUACCGAGCUUGAAAUAUAUGAAGACGGUGCCUAUGUACCUAAAUUUGAACCAAGAGUGCAUGAAAAAAGACACAAAUCUCUGGAAAGUAAAAAGCCACCAGGUCUCUCAGAAACAGUCAUUGCCGACAUGAUAAACACCAGUAAUUUUAUUCGAGAAGAAGUCUCGAAGUAUCAUGACGUUAAACCCAUAGUGCAAACGGACAUUGUUAAACCAGACGAAGAGAAACCUGGCAAAGGUGGUAAACUCUUUGGUUUAUUCGGAAAGAGGAGAUCGCAGGACAGGGAGAGUUCAGUAGAAGCGGAGAAAAAAACUGAAAAGAAACCGGAAAAAGAUAAGAAAAAGUCUAAAUCCAAAGAUAAACUUGACUCUAAAGCGAAACAACCUCUUGCGGAAGUCAGUGGUUUAGAAGCAACCGAUAGCAAAGAUUUCCAUAAAGGAGAAAUUGACCGCUAUCAUGAUUCUGAAGAAUUGGCCAAGUUCUCUGGGACUGCGCCUGAAGUGGAGGAACCAACUAAGGAAAAGAGUGGAUUCUUUGGUCUGUUUUCAAAGAAAACUAAACCACAAGAAGUUGUAGAUGAGUUUAAGGCAACCAAAGACGAUACGGAGGCGGUGGUGAAACGCAUCUCGGACUCUGAUGAUUUCAUAAAAACGGAAAUUGACAAAUUCGAUGACGUGGUACCUCAAACGGUAUCGGAAACUGGUUUUGCUGAAGGAUCUGAACCAGCUAAAAUAUCUCCAGUAGAUAUAUACGCGAAGACUGAAUCGAUGUUACCUGGAUCAGUUAAAGAAAUAAAAGAAGUUCACAUAAUUGGAGAUGAAUCGUCUCCAACGGCUGAUAUAACUGUUAUCAAAGAGAUAACACCUACGGGAGAAAGGGUGACUACGAUAAAGAAAGAAGUAGUUGUGUUCAAAGAUACCAUUCAGCUUGAUCCGACUGUGUUAUCAGACUUGUCUGAUUUAGAAAAGGACAUUCAAAUGAGAAUAGACAGAAUUCGCAGCGAAGUAGAGGAAGGUGAUGUAAAAAUAAGCGGAAUACAUGAAACUAUUGACGAGGAAACCCCAGUAAAAAAAGAUGUAACUUAUAAGAUAAGAGAGAUAAAGCAGGUAGCUUCGGAAGACUUUUCACCAGAAACGAAAACUGAAACUGGUACAACCAAGGACUUCUUGGAACAAGAGGUGAUUCAAUAUGAAGACGGAAAACCUAUAAUAAAGAAAGAACCUGUUGAAAGUGAUUCUGACAAAAAAUCGGGAUUAUUUGGGAUUUUCGGUAAAAGGAAGUCGCAGGAAAAAGAGAUAUAUCCGGAAAAAUACACUCCUAAGUCGGAAGAGCAAAUUAUCCCGGAAAGUCCAAAGAUUAAAAAGAAAUCCGCAAGUCCAUUAAAAAUUUUCGGUAAAAAACAAUCACAAGAAGAGAAAUCUCAAAAAUUAACUGAAGAGGUAGUGAUACAACCUAUUGUUUUAUCUAAUGAAGCUGUGAGGAAGAUGCAAGACGCUCACAGUUUCCUGUCAACUGAACUCGAAAAUUAUGAAGACGGAAAACCUGAAAUUAUAACAGAUCUCGAUGAAGACACAGAUCGAGUAAAGUCAUCAGGACUAUUUGGAAUAUUCACUAAGAAAGAGAAAGCAAGCAGUCCGAAGGCGCCUAAAAGAAAAUUAAAAAAACAUAAGAGUGGCAAAUCUACAGAAGAUGUUGGCUUUAUGGAGAAAAUUGGACGCAAAUUCGGAGGUCCUGUAGAUGAUAAAAUGAAUGAAACCAAACUUGAUUCAGAAAUUCCACAAAGUGAAGGUAUAGUCAGAAUUGCAGAGGAUAUCACUAAAGACACAAUUCAGCAUGCCGAUCAGGCGAUAGAUGUCGCUGGAGAUGAAAUUAAAUCUGCUGGUAAAAAAGUAUCUUUCAAAGGUUUAAAAGAAGAUAUUACGGAGGUGCCUAUCGAAAUCGCUGAAGGUACAAAAGAAAUUGUUGAAGAACCUUACAGUGACUUUUCUGAGGAAAUUCAGGGAGUUAGAGUAGGUGUUAAAUUAACUGAUAAAGAUAUAGAUGAAGAGAGGGAUGAUCUGUUUGACCAGAUUGAUAAAGUUAUAAAAGAAAAAUCUGACGAUAUCAACAAAACCUUGGAUGACAUAAGAGAUCAAACUGAAGAAAAGUUUCAAGAUGUUAGAACAGAUAUUAAAGAAGUAAAACAAGAGACAGCGAGGAUGGUAGAAGACACCAAACAAACAGCUAUAGCUGCUGUGAAAGAUGGAGCGGCUGAAACUGAAAAGACAGCAAAGAAAACUGGUGGAUUUUUCACUAAACUAGGGGAGAAAGUAGUUACCAAAGACGAUACCAUUAAAGAUGAUGCGAAAGCCGCAAAAACGGACGUGAGAGACAAAGUGGAUGAUCUGGCGAGACAAACUUCAGAUACAGCACAUGAAAUAAAACAAACUAUUCUAGAAACUGGUGAACACAUAAUAGAUCCAUCACAGCCUGUAGAAUCAGCAGAAACAAAGGAGAAGAAACCGAAAAAGUCUUUCUUCUCCAAAUUAACCGGAAAGAUUGGAGUGAAAGGAGAUGAUAUUAAAGAAUCCACGAAGGAACUACAAAAAACUUUUGAAACUACAAAAUCCGAAAUUAUUGAUGACGCAGACAAAAAACUUGACGAUGUUAAAACAUCUACACAAGAAGUGCGCAAAUCAAUUGUAGAUGACGUAACUGGGGAGGAAAAGGCCCUUAAAGAGGAAACAUCAAGCUUUGUCACUGAAAUAAUGCAAAGCUUCGAUGAUACACUCGAACAUGUCAAGGAAAAAGAAAUUGCCAAUGAUUUACUAAAAGAAAGUAAAAAGGAAGCAAUGAGUUCAGCUUCCGAUAUUAAAGAUGCAGCACAAGAAAAAGCUUCUGAAAUAGAGGAUACCAUCGUAACAAGUAUUUAUCGAUUUGAAGACGAUGCAAAAGCUCUUGCAGAUGUUAAAGAUAAGGCAGAUAAAGCAGAAGACACAUUUCUUCAAAAAGUAGAUGAAAAGUUUAGUGUUACGAUGAAACUGACCGAGGAAAUGGCAUCUGAAACCAAGCAAAAGGUAAAAGAUGGUUUGUCGUCCACUGAAAUGUUUUUAGAGGGCGAACGAGAAAGCUUAGAAAGAGAUCUACAAAGAGAUGUAACUUCUCCUCUUGACGGUGCAAUAAAAGACGUUACCGAAAUUAGCGAGAUAGGGGUAAGGGAUAAAACUGAUGAGAAAAUUGAAGCUCUUGAGAAAAGAAUUGACGAAGCAGCGGAACAUGUAGAUACAUUACGUACUGAGAUCGGUGCCAAAAGUGUGAAACUUUCGAAGGCUGCCGAAGACACUGCAUUGGAAUCCAAAAAGAAAGUUGAUUUGGGUGCUGAACACAUCGAAGAAUCUAUUUUAAAAACAGAAGAAUCAGUAAAAGCCGCUUCUGAAGACAUGCAGCAAAGUACUCCAAAAGCAGGUAAGAAAAUUGGAUUCUUCAGUAAAUUGACAGAUAAAAUCAGCGGUAAAUCUAAGGAUAUAGAGAAAAGUUUAAAAGAUAUGGAAUCGAAAGUAGAAAGCCAAAUAACUGACACAAAAACAUCUAUAGAUGAUAAAUCGGAAACGAUUUUAUCAGAAGGCGAAAAAUUGGCAUCUAAAUCCAAAUCAGUAGCAAAGGAUGUAGUUCAAACAUCAGAGAAAGCCGCAAUAGAUGUAAAAGAUGAAAUUAAACACACUUCAAAAGAAACAAUGGAGGCAGGUAAAGGAACAGUAAAGGACAUAGUCCAAACAUCGGAAGUUUUAAUAGAUGAUGGACUGGACGCUUCACAAAGGGCAAAGGAGAAAAGUAUAGGAUUGACGAAAGAAUCAACUCAAGUUACAAAAGAAACAGCUAAAGAUUUAAAAGAAGAUAUCAAGGAUAUGUCCUUAAAAACAACAGAAGAAGCUCGAGGAAUCUUUGUCCAGUUAGGUGAUUACGUUAGUGGCAAGACUAAAGAGAUAGAAGAAAAUGUAGAUGAAUUCGUAGACAAAAAGCAAAAAGAAAAGGAACGGUUAGAAGCCGAAGUCGCUAUAGCAGUGCAAAACGUAGAACACGUUGCUGACGCAUCUUCAACAAAAAUACAAGAAGUCAAAGACUCAGCACUUGAAUCGCUUGCUACAUCGAAAGAUGUGGUAACUGAAGGUGGAGAACAAGCUUUGAAAACAGUUGAUAAAUCAAUUGCACAAACAGCAGGGAAGUUAGACGACCUAGAAGAACAAAUUGCUGUAACGGCGGAAAAAACUUCGAAAAAGGGAAAAGCGAAAUUUUUAGGCAAGCUAGGAAAAAAACUUAGCGGAAAAGGUGAAGAAUUAAGGGGAAAAUCGGAGGACGAAUUGCCUACAGAAACAGAUCAGAAGCAGGACACAACUAAAAGAGAUAAGAAACCAGGAGGUUUCUUUAGCAAACUGGGUGAUAAAAUCACAGGGAAAGGUGAUACAGAAAAACAAAAAAUAGAAAAGGAUAUUCACGACCAAGCACCCAGCGCACUUCUGCAGGGUGUUAAAACUGACCCUGGGUUGGAUAUCAAGAGAACGACUCGUGAUUUCAUAGAAUCGGAAGCUGUGUUUCCCGGUGAUACCAUGACUCGAACGACAUCGGAUUACUCCAAUGUAAUAAAAGAAUCGGCAGGAGAGUCACGUCGAAUAUCGGAAGCUAACAUUGAUUUAUCUAAUUUGCCAACAGAUGUCGAUGAAUACGCUUCGGAUUCGAAGAAACGAGCAUCUUCGUACGUUACUUCUCCUACCAUGGCAAGACGUGCCAUUUCUCAACGAUUUCCAAAGGGAGAACGCCCCGAAGUAAUAGAAAUCAGGAACUUCGAAGUCGAAGAUAUAAGCGAUGAUGAAUUUUACAUAGUUACAGAACCUGAAGAAAUUUUAAUAGAAGAACGCGAAGAACACAGAAAACCACUAUUUCACAUAGCAUCGGAAGAUGAUGAAAACGCAGAUGUAGUUAGCGAACCAAGCCAAAGGUUGAGACAAGAUAGCGCCAAGUCAAAUGUAUUAGAAGCUCUCACAGAAAGCAAGAUAGAUAGUCUACUAAGUGACUUGACCAAAGACUUAAGUAAACAAUUAGAUAUGAAAACACCGCUAGAAAAAGAAAUCAAGAAAGAAGAAAAGAAGUUGGAAGAACACAAGAAAGAAUCUCAAGCUGAAGUUGACCUGAUAGAGAAGAAAUUGCGUGACUUAGAUAAAGCAUUAGAUUCGUUAGAACAAAUAGACUCGCAGAUAGAGCCAGAUGCCAGCUCAUCUACGGAUGACAAAACCGAAAAGAAAUUAAAGCGAGUCGAACGAAAAUUCGAAAGAAUGGCGUCCGAGUUGAUAGACAAAGAUACGAAAGAGGCGAAACAAAAACAGAUGACGAGCCCGGAAAUCGAGGAAAAGCGCGAGAGCGAGUACCGUCAAUUGGUGUCGCAACUGAGCACAGAAGAAAUAUCGGACUUCCAGAGAGAGUACGGCCACUUGUGGGACGAGCACACAUUCUCGAAGAGCGACGAGUGGGACUCGAAAACACCCGAGAGCCAGGCAGACGCUCAAGAACUCCCUCAAGGUGAGAUUGUUUACAUGGGCCCUGUCAGUUUAAAUAAAGAUAAUUUAGUAAACAAAGCCGGUAUAGAAGUAGAGGUUAUACCGGUAAUGAAGAGCCCCUGUCCCUCUCCCAAACCUAAAAAGAAAAAAAGCAAGCGGGCUAAAUCGGAGAUGGGAUUCUACAAAGACAAACGCAUUAUAGAGGACGACCGUGGUAGUUUACCUGACCUUAAAUCAUCCCCGUUAAAGUGCUCACUGAUCAACACAGUGAUGCAGAUGAAUCCGGACACAUUUUUAAGCAACGAAUCUUUACUAAGUGGCGAUCAGAAAAUGUCUAGGUCAUUGGGAAGUGAAGAAUCCCUUCUGAAGGGGUCUAUUACGAACGCUGUGGUGAACUGGCUACAGAAGUCUAGCCCGUUCAGCUCUACGGACAAUAUCGACCACCACAGUAUCACCACAAGCAUCCCUGACACUAUGGAUGUAAGCAUGUCUAUCUUUGACGAGGAUGACUUGUUAGAGAACUCAGGUGCAUUCUCUGAGAAGUCUCAGGGUAAAUCUGAGCACGUAGUACCCGAUAUAUUUGUGUCUGACGAAAUUCCUUCGUCUGUGAAACAAAAAAUAGAAAAAUCGCCGGAUCCCAAGCUAGGAGAAGAAGCCACUACCUCUGUCGUUCGGGAACCACCUCCAGUCAGAGCCACCCGCAGAAGGCCGCUUCGUUACGAGAUCAGCGUCGAGGACCAGACUGAAGUGGAUCCUAGAGAACACGAUUGGCGCUUUAAUUUACCCAAACAUGCUGAAGGCGAGGAGGCAGAUAAAGAAGAGGGCGGCUCUGAAAGAAAAAUAGCGGACCAACACCAACUAUCCGAGGAAAUGAAACAGCUCCUCAAGGAACUGGAAAAGGAAAGCAAGCAAUAAGAAUCAAAACCAAUCGACAUAUCCCAAUCUUCGUGACAAUUCCAAACAUGACAUUUUUAUACUCAACCACGACUGCUCCAACGCGCUUGACGCUGAUUCAAAGUAUAUGCUUGUUGUUUUUAUGAGUUCCACCGUUUUACGGCUCAAAAAAAUAAAGAUAUUUUUCGAAAAAAAUGUCGGGCUUAGCCUACAGGUUCUUUUUGUUCCAAAAAGUCCAUAGAGCACCUCCUGCCAUUUAUAUUUGAAAUUCGCUAUUUUCAUGGAACUUUAAAAUCACUUUACUCUUAGACGAAUUGAAUGUUAUUUUAAAUAUGCCGUUUGUAAUAUUUUUGCUCUUAUAUUUGUAUAAAAUUUACGAAGGACGGUUCGAAACAUAAGGUUUUGCUUACUAGUUACAAAGAAAUGCAUAAAUAUGCGCCGGAUUCCAAUCGUCCUUCCUCUAGGUACAGUACUUAUUUAGAGAGAGACAGUAACUGUAACUUACAAUAACUACUUAGAGAUAUUUAUGCUAAAUUAUUUGUUUCUUUUCUGUUAUAGCUGUUAUUUUUGUAUGUUACCAUCGCUUUAUUGUAAGUUAUCGUUACGAGAAAUAUUUGUAUAAAAAAAGGAACGCAGGAUUAUGAUAUUACUAGUUAGUGUUUAUUAGCUUUGUCGUUAAAACUUCGGCCGUCCGCCGCCUUGAUCCUCGAGCUAGUGGUGGUCUAUUAUUAUGAGGGACAGGUUAGUGGUUUUUCCUGUCCACAUAAGAGGAUUGGGGUGGCGAAAGGCAUUCUCCACCUCUAUUAUUUUAAAUCAAUGUGAAAUAAAUACCUAUAUAACCUGUGUAUCAAAAAUAAUACAAAAUAAAGCUUUCAAUAUA